ACUUUAAAUCGUAUAAUUUCAGCAUUGUGUGAAAGAUUGUCAUUUUUGCAUUGAGAACAUACAAUAUCCAAGAUUUUAUACUUAUUCACUAAAAAUGUUUAUUAUGCCGGACGAAUACUACCAGACUGAAUAGGAAAGCUGUGAAACAAGAAAUCUGUUGUAUUACUGAAUUAUAGUUUCUCGUAACUGCUAUUUCUGUUGUUAGACAAUGCUUGGAUAGUUAUUAAUUCAUGCUAUAUUUAUGGCAGUACAUUCGGAGGGCUUUUGAAAAGUCAUGUUACAGUUCAUAAAUAAACCUUCUUUGUAUACUAAACAAUACCUAAAUCUGUAGUGAUUGCUAUAUUUAACAUCAUUCACUAAUCUAUACUUAACACAAUAAGAGUGAGUAUAUACAAAUAAACUUCAGCACUUUAAAUAAACUGUGGGACUAUCAUAAUGAUUUGUUGAUCAUGAGUAAAGUUUAUUUACUUUUAUAGAGUAACUUACUAUAUGAGGACAAAUUUUAUCAUCCAAUGGUUUUCACUUCACUGUUGGUCCAAUCAAAUCUUAGCCAACUAGAAUUUGAGAUUUGGGAUUGACAUGCAAACUCGAUAAACUGUGAUAUUUCUGACAAAAUACUUACAAGAAGAAAGUAUGGUUUAGUAUCUGCUUUUAACGUUCAUUAUUAAAUUAAUCUAUGACAAAUCUACCUCAUUCCCGAGGAACUUAUUCAUUUGAAUCACAAAAAUCCGAGAUAAACAAGAGAGAGAGAAAAUUUGAUGAUGGAAGUAUAUGUUUUGGUCCAUUGCAUCGCUACGUUCACUUAAAUGAUGCAGCAAAUUCACAAAUAUUUACAUUUCUCUUGCUACCACAUCUUUUAUGUGGUUUAGUUAACUAUGUCGAGACGCAAGUUUUCCAAUAUGCUGAACACGAAUGGUUUGUAAGAUUCGAAAGGACCGAUACUCAUCUAGGUUUUUACUUGGAGUUGAAUACGCAGAAAUCCGAAAAUUGUGAAACUAUGUUCAUAACAUCAUCACAGAUACCAAUCAAUAAAUCAGACCAUAAUGUCACUAAACGUCCAACACAAUGGAAAACUAUUACGUUAGAUUUUGAAUUCACAAUAAAAAAUCGAAAUGUUUUCAGUCAGAAUGAGUGUUUUUCCAAAUCAAAUUGUACAUUUACACAAGAUAGUUGCAGACAUGGACGUAAAAAUGUCAUAGAUUUAUCCACAUUAUCCUCUAAACGUUUUUUAUUUGAUGACGGUAAGUGUAUUAUAGAAUUAGGGUUACGUAACCCACAUGUAUGCAUAAAACUACAAGCAAACCAAGUUGAAGAUCCCACAAACCAUCUGUUACUUAAAAAAGGCAGAAAAAGAACUCAUAAUAAUAGUUCUGUUGUAUUAAGACGAAUGGAUAAUGAAACAAUCACAUUUCCAGAUACCAUUCAUUUUGAAACUGAUCACUUUUCAUAUGCUGGCGAUACAUGGGUUCUUACUAUUGACAUUGAACCAUAUCGUGACUUAUUGAGAAAUUUAACUUUUGAUAGUGAUAAUAAUCAUGAUGUAUGUGCAGAUGUGGAAAUAUGCUUGACAAAAAAGUCAGAGCAUAAGACAGAUAAUUACACAUAUUAUAACGCUGAGAAACCACUUGGAACACAGUGGACACGACUACUGUGUAAUGCCUAUUUACCAGGUGAAUGUCAUACCGGGUUGAUGCAGUUCUUAAUAGGAUCACAAGGAUGGCCACUGAAAGCACAUUGUUGCAAGUUUGAUGAACGAACAAAUGACGUAAAACAGCAACAGCUAAAACAAGGAGAAAAUAGCCAAAUUAAUAUUUUGAAAUUUAAUUCGUGUGAAUACUUGGAAAAAGGUAAAACACGUACUCAUCAAUCAGCAGUUGCUUUUCUUUUAAGCACAGUUUCAUCAAAAUUCUGUAUCACAUUAGAAAUGAUAUUUUAUGAACGAUUAACGGUGGUUAAUUUCCCUAUCAAUAAUCUUGACAAUUUUAAUCAUGUUGACAGUUGUCUAAUUAUGGAUCCAUUUUCGCUUCCAUGGAGGCUGUUUCUGAAUAGAUCAUCACGUUUGGUGAGAGUAGGACUAGUUCCGGAGCAAAAACCAGAUUUGGAACAUCAACCAGAAUAUCUUAAAAGCAGUGAAAAAUCGUCAAAAAUACAAAGCAAACAAUCUUAUUCAGAAAGGAGCACUAUACCAAGCGGUUAUCUAUAUCUCUUCGGUUGUAAGUUUCGUAUUCAAGGUUAUCAAUCAAACGAAACCAAAACUCGUGUUAUUGAACCAGUUGGAAAGGAAAUUUUACAAAUCGCGUGCAAAAAAUCGGAUUUCUAUAACGAAUUGCUGUUAUCUAACCGACUUCGACAUUCUGGAAUAAACGUUCCGCAAAAUAAUUUGAAUAUUCUUUUAAUUAAAAAUUUACCGAAAUACUUACUCAAAAAUAAUGGUGCUGAACUAUUGCAAAGUUUGUGUAAUACUAGUGUUAUGGACAUAGAUAAUAAAAUAUCUAAACGUUUGUUGAGGAAAGCUAGUCAAAUUAGUAGCGUACAGGUGGCCAUGGAAAUAACAUGUCAAGAAUUAACUGGGUCAAAUAUGGGAAUAUUAAAUCCUAAAACAGGUACUAUAACAAUUGAAAUUCAGUGGCUGUAUAGACAUCAAAUAUACAUCGAUACACUUUAUCAAACAGAUGAAAUCGGUUCCCGCCAAUACCAUCAAAUGAGAAAUGAACUAAUAAGAAUCACUAAAGAAAAGGAUGAGUUAGAAAGACAGCUUAUGGGGUACCGAAUGGGUCUAGUUCAAAUUGAUUCGCGUUCUCAUGGUCCAAAAAGCAUGCUUCCUUUGGAGUUCAUUCCUGAUCUUGUUGGUCAUUCCAGAACAACUACUGUACCAUCAGGUGAAGACUGGCGUAACUCGAGUUGUUAUAGUGAAAAAGCUGUGUUACAGCAACCAUGUCACAGAAUGAACAAUACUGUGUCUAGCUUGAAAUAUGAAUGUAAUAAUCAACAUACAAAAUCACAUGUAACAUCUUCGCCAUCAAACUAUUCUUCAGAUAAAUUUAAAGCAUGCAAACCGUAUGGUUUAUUAUCAACAUGCCAUAUAGAGAACAAUAUGAGCCAUAGUUUGUUAGACUAUGAGUCUUCAGAUGAGUCUGCCCCACGGUCAUCAUAUCCUAUUUAUCGACCAACCUCAAAGCAACCUAUGGGUUCCAAAUGUGGACUAUCAGAGAAAAGAAAACAGUUCAUAUAUUCAAAAGGUAGCUGGAAAACAUGUGAAACAGUUAAGCAUUGCCCUGAUUCUGACAUUAAUUCAGUACACUCACCCAGAUUUAACGCAAGGAAACCAAGCCUAAAUAAAUAUUGUAGUCAAGGUUUCGUAGAGGCAAAUUUUAGCCCUCUUUAUACAUCAGAAUCAUCGACAUCAAAUGUAUUUAACUCACGUAGUGAAGAUGAAUUUUCUUUUAUAUUUUGAUGAAAUACAUUGCUGAUAUUAUAACACACGUCGUUAUGAGUCAUGUUAUUUGAGUUAUCUCAUCUUUGAACAAUAAACCACAUACAACAAAUUUAAAAUGAACUACUACUUAAAUUUCUCAAACUUAUUUGUCUUCAUGCAUUUUCAUACAUAAAACGCUUUUAUAUUUCUUUCUCACUAGUUCAUCUUCAAUCCUUACUUUAGUUACAAAACUAGCGGAGUUUUGUAAUUGUGCAAUAAAACUAACUAUUUAUACAAUGCAAUAAAGUGUGAGGUGUAUACUUAGAGUUCUUUAAAAAAUUUAACCCAAGUUUCUAAAAAAUCUUUAUUUGGCCAUUUCCAAAUACAACUCAGUUUUGUUUUCAUUUAUUUUAUCUUUAUUAAAUCUCAUAAGUAUAAUUUAUGUCAAUGAAGCAUUGAAAUGCAUAUGUUUCAAUAAAUAUAAUAACACUAAAGAAACUUUCUGUUUU